AUGGGCAAUACAUUACGUAGGAUUGGUAAAAAUCCACCCCAAUCUAUUUCGCUUCGUCAGCUGAUGAGCAAGGAAAUUGAUUUGGAGAGGAGAAAGUAUAUUGUUACAGGAUGUUCGAGUGGAUACGGAUUGGCAUUAACAAAGUUAUUAACCUCUCUGAAUGGACAUGUUAUUGGUACGGUUAGAACAAUGGAAAAGGGGAAAUUAACAUUUGAUACUGUUUAUGAACAUUUGGAAAAAACACAACCAAAGAAACCUGGAUUAUUUGAAACUAUGGAAUUGGAAUUGACAAGUUUGGAUAGUGUGCGGAAUUUUUCACAAGAAUACACUGCAAAACACUCUAAUUUACAUGCUCUGGUUAAUAAUGCUGGAAUUGGACUUCUUCCAGAAUUUAAGAAAACACAAGAUGGAUUUGAGGAAACAUAUCAAGUUAAUUUAUUAAGUCCAUACUAUCUGACAGCUCAGCUUGUACCAUUAUUGAAAAGAGGAGUCAGAGAUUAUAAUCAAGCUUCUAAAAUAUUAUUUAUUUCAUCUAAAAUUCAUCAUUAUCCAAGAGAUGAAAACUUUCUUUUAGAAAAACUCUGGAAUGAACCAAAAGAAUAUCAACCUAAUAAGCAAUAUGCCUAUUCGAAAUUAGCAUCAAUUUUGGUAAUGCUUGAAAUGGCUGAAAGAUUAGAAUCGAGUAAUAUUAUGGUAAAUGCAUUGGAUCCAGUGGGAAGUUUAUCAUUGAAUACUAAUUUCCACAGGUAUAGUGAAGAAGAUGCUAAACAAAAUUUAAUGUCCUUCCUAAGACGAUUCAAACAAAUAACAUCACCAGAUAAGGCUGCUUAUUAUGCUCUCAAUAUUCUUGCAAAUCCUGAUUAUGAAGAUACCACAGGAGAGUACUUUACCAGAAUGAAUGUGAGAUUACCAAGCCGAUUGGCUAACAAUGAAGAUUUAUGUAUUGACAUGCUUGACCAGACAGAAUAUUGCAUUUACACUGCCUUGAAGAAUAAACAACAACAAAAUCAUUAA